AUGAUUAUAAACUCUAAAUCAUUACUAGCAUUAACAUUGCUAUCCAUUGUUGCAAUCUCCGCACAAAGACCAAAGUCCUACUCAUUGCCAGUUCCAAUAUUUGAUCAAUUGCCAUCAAAGAAUGUAAACUUUGAACCAGACACCAGCCAAAUUAGUGGCCUCUCAGCCAACAUGGUGGGAUCAGCCCUGAAUCCAGAGACCAGGAUACCUAUGCUAUCCAAGAACUCUGAUUUGGAGCAGGCCAGGAUAUUAGACGCUGAGACGUUUGAAACAUUCUUUGCUCUCUAUAAUGAGAUUACUCAAUUCAUUCCAUACAAUCUCACAUUCAACUUGUUGGACGAGGCCACUGGCAUCUACCAAAGUGUCUACAAUACCUUCUAUCCAAUCAAUCACUUGGGAUGGGACAGUGGCAAGCCCGCGACAAUCUACCAUGACGCCAAUGGCACAUACCAGAACUUCCACUUUUGUUUCAAGUUGAAUGCCUUCUUCACCUACCAAGGCAAUGAAGUACUCACCUUUGGCGCCACUGACGACUCUUGGGUCUUUGUCAACAACAAAUUGGUCGUGGACCUUGGAGGUAUCCAUCCAUUCAUGUCAAGCUCUUUGAACCUUUCUUCCAUGGCCAACCUUAAUCUUGCCAUUGGCAACACAUAUCCAGUUGACUUUUAUCAUUGCAACAGACACACUGAUGUGUCCACUAUGAACAUCACUACCAACAUUGGCAUGAAGUGUCUGGUCUAUGAUUACUGUGGAGUUUGCAAUGGAGAUGGAUCAUCAUGUUGUAUCGCUCAGGAGACCUGUGGCGACACAGACGCAUGUACCAUCGAUGCCUGCCCACCAAGUAACUUGGCUGGCGUGAACCUAUACAACAUCAAGGCUUACUGCACUCAUACUAAAAUUACUUGUGAGAAGCAGAAUUUGGCCGAUCCAUGUCACGAGUACGCCUGUGUUGGUGGAGACUGUGUGAUGGUUGGAGAUGCCCAUUGUCCAGAGAUCGAGUGCCAAGAGCUGGUCGGCUGCAACGUUACCGAGGGAGGUUGCCAGUACAAGCCCAAGUGCGUUGCACCUGACGCAUGCACUGAUGUGAGCUGUGUAAAAGGAGAGUGUGUCCGCACGCCAAAGAACUGCACUGGUGACGACGUUUGCCAGGUGUACUUCUGUGAUCGCGAGAAGGGAUGCUUCUCCAACCUCAGGAACUGCACUCCAUCGGACCCAUUGCCAGAAUGUAUGAUCGCCUACUGUGAGCCGAAUGUAGGCUGCGCGACCAAGACCCUCGAUACUGAAGCCUGCAACUGCUGUGACCCAACCAAGACCCCACCAUGUAUGACCGCCACCUGUGUCAACCAAAAGUGCGUCUACGAGGAUAUCGACCCAAGUGACAACAACCCCUGCACAGUCGACUUGUGCGACCCGAAGACCGGAGUGAUCUCCCACGAUCCAGUCAAGUGUGAUGGCACCUGUCAGAGAUGUAUCCCCAAGUCUGGUGGUUGUGUGGAUAUUGACAAGAUGUGCAACAAUUCCAACUUGUGCUCCAUCCCCAAGUGUCAAGGAGGUAACUGCACAUACACCCCCAACUCGUGUGAUGAUGGUAACCCCUGCACCAGUGACUACUGUGAUCCAGUUAAGGGCUGUUACCACAACCAGACCAUCUGUCCAGACCUGGGAAGAUGUUUGAUUGGAAUCUGUGACAAGGAAGAGGGAUGCACCAUGAUCAAGAGGAACUGCACCGCAAGUGACUUCUGCGUGGAAUAUCUGUGUGAUGACCGUCUUGGAUGCGUCCAGUUCCCCAGGACAUGUAUCCCUGCCAAUGCCACCUGUCAGUAUGGUGUCUGCAACAGUAAGGCCAGUGCUUGUGAGUUCUUUGAUAUCAGUCCAUUGCCAGAGGGUUGCCAGUCAUUAUCGUCUUCUUCUACUACCUCGACAACAGCCACACCUUCUUCUACAUCCACUUCUACAUCAACUACAACAACUGCCGCGUCCACUACCACCGAUGGCUCGUCCACUACGACCAAUGGCCCGUCCACGACCACCACAGGCACAACCAAGCAGUCCACGACAACAGUGAACCCAACCAGUACCACGACCACCACCCUAUCCGGUACCACCACAUCAGGCAGCUCCACAUUGAUUGUCUAUUGGGUGCUUGUUGCCACCGCACUCCUUGCCUGUAUCCUCCUCUAG